GAUUUCAGGAAGUUGAAUGUCAUGUCCAAAACGGCCAGUGAUCAGGUGAGCCUGUAAAUCGCGCCCUCGGCCGCGCGGAGGAUGGUUGCCAAUUAUAGCCUCGACGGUGGAGCUCGCUAGCACCAGAGGUUUUACGACCAACAUGAGGGCGACCCGCACCAAACACGGCGUACGGCGUGUCUUCGUCCUGACCUCUUUUGUCUUCCUGCUGUGUUCCACCUGCACCGGAGUCGUAGCCGGGCCGAAAAUGGCCUCCCGCCACCCCACGCUGACGCGCAGCCGUCGUCAGACCGCGGCGCACCCAGGCGCGCACCACCGGCCGCUGACGGACGAGCAGCGAGCGGACCAGAACGUGCAGUUCAUGCUCAGUUUGUACCGGAGCGCGGCCGAACCGGACGGCAGGCCCAAGCAGCACCGGAAGUUCGGCUCCAACACGGUGCGCCUGCUGAGACCCUCGGCGUCGUCGGUGCACUACCUGCCGGCGUCAAGAGACCACCACUACAACUUCACAGUGCAGUACAACCUUGACACUCUUCCCUCGGAGCAGCUGAUCAGAGCCUCUUUUAUCCACCUCCGCUCGUCACCCUCUCCCCCCUCCUCUUCCACCGCCAGCUCGAGCGGCACCCGGGCCCUUGAGCCGCCCCGCUGCAGAGCUCAGAUCGCCUCGCUAGGCCCGGACAGCCUGGUCACCCUGGAGCCCCACGAGCAGUGGACGGAGACGGACAUCACGGCGCACGUCACCGGACACGUCCUGCAGAGGAAGGACCGGGGCGCGGGGGGGCGCUUGACCCUCGCUGUCCAGUACUGGUGCACGGAACCCGGGCUCGUCGACUGGGACAGCAGCAGCUGGUGGUGGUGGUGGUGGAAUCGUCUUCGAGGAGGACAGAGAGAGGAACUUCACCUCGAGGUCCCCUCUCUUCUUCUGUACUUACAGGAGGAGAGGGAAGUGAAGGAGUGGAUGGGGGAGUUGUUGGGGGCCGAAGGGGAAAACAUCAUGAGACGAAUGGGGCAGUGGCACCCUUCGGUUCACCGCCGCCGCCGCUCCAAAGACUCCUCGCCUUCAGAGCCCAAAGAUCCGUUGCUGGACGUUCUGAAAAACGCCCCUACCUCCUCUUCCUCCUCCUCUUUCUCCACCUCCCCCUCCGCCUCCAUCGUCUCCGACAUCCCCAACUACAAACGCAAAACCAGCAUGCCCAAGAACCGCUGCAAGCUCCACUCGUUCCGCCUCUCCUUCGACGAGCUCGGCUGGGGUCACUACUUCAUCGCCCCGCCGGUGUACAACCCCCGGUUCUGUCAGGGCGACUGCCCGAGGGUGCUCCACUACGGCUACCACUCCCCCAACCACGCCAUCAUCCAGACGGUCAUCAACGACCUGGGCGUCGGGGACGUGCCGCCUCCGUCCUGCGUGCCGUAUAAGUACAUGCCCAUGAGCGUGCUGGUUGUGCACAAGAAGAAGGUGGAGUACAGGGAGCUGGAGGACAUGGUGGCCGAGUCGUGCACGUGUCGCUAGAGACUCGGGGAGCAGACUUAAAAAUGCUUGGCACUGAGAAAAGAGACUGACGGGGGCAGAUUUGAUGGGUCAUUUGUUUGAUCUACCGCUUGGCGGCUAACCAUAAUGAGCUCGAGACUGGAAGGAGGAAGCUGUUGUGGUUUCAGAUCUUCUCCAGCCCUAUUAAAGCACUUUAAAAGGCAGCUGCUGAAUGUGAACUACGGGUGGACGGGAGGAAGUGCCUACUUUCUGAUUUAAUUAUUGUGGAAUAAUUGUACCGUGAUUCUAAUGUCUAAUGUGGCAGAAAACCCUGUGCAGGUGAAUGUGCUGGUUGCUAAAUUCGUAGUCACUAUAAUGUUGUUCUUCUACCGAGAUACCAGGUUGCGGUUAGUUUUGGAAGCCGUUUGAGCCACUUGAGAGUAACUUAACAAAAUCGAAGUGGUGAUUUGACUGAACUGGGCUAAACCAAAAUUCCAGGGCAACUUCACGAAUUAAACUUCUGCAGUAACUCGAUAAACCUGACAAAAAAAUCAGGAGUAACUUUUAAGAAAACUGAAAACUUUAACCACUGGUUUGUUCGUGGUAUUAAACUGGGUUGAACUGGCUCUUUUGAAGACAAACGCACGUAGAGUACAUCUUCAGUUUUCAACCUCCGAACCACAGUCAUCUACCGAAUAUUUUCCUUCUUCUGCCAGUCUGUGUAUUAAAUUUUUUUUUGUUUGUUUGUUUUUUUUUCUGGAUCGUGCUUUUUAAAAAAAAAAACCUGAGCCGUUUUCACACCAGGGCUCUUUAAAAUUCAGCAACAAGCCUGUAUUUGUGUAGAAAAGAAGAAACAUUUCCGGUUAACAUGUUGCCACUGUGGGAGGCUAUGAGAAAUCACACACUGCUGGAAAAAAAAAACCCAAAGUAUUUUAUUGGACGAGGGGGCGAACGUGUUGGAUGUAACUCUCUUCUGCUGUUUACAGUCUGAACUUUUGCAUUUUGUACAUAUUUAUAAUGGGAGGGGUCUUGAAAAACUUGAAAAAAGUGCUGCUACUGGCCUGUCUUAUAGAAAACUAAACAAAAGGAAGGAUUGUGAAGAGGUGGAACCGUGUUGACUGUUAAAGAAAGCAAAAUUGUCAAAGUGGAAAAGAAUGCAAAUUUUAUUACAAGUGAAAAUGAAAUAAUAAAAUAAAAUGCAUGUUUUCUAA